AUGAAUUGCCACUGCGUGCUUAUGCUGCUUUUCAGCGGGCUCAUUAAUCGGAUCAGUGCCCAAAGUGGAUGCCCACCGUUGGAAAGCAUACUGCCCUGUAGAUGUCUGAUGCGCGGGGACGAAUACCAAAUAUGGUGUUCACACAGCGACCUUCCCAGGGUUCUAGAUGGUCUAAGAUCCGUGGGUCACUACAUAACACGGCCAAUAGAUGAACUAAUACUGGAAAACAACUACUUACCCUCCCUGCCGGGGAAAACCUUCAUACACCUAAAAGUGAUGCGGUUGAUGCUGCGCUACAACGGCCUCGAAAGAGUCUCCAGUGAUUGGUUGGGAGGUUUAGGUGGCUCGCUUAUGGAGCUCUUUAUCGUGGAACCGGAGUUGAGAACUCUACCGGAGGAUUCGCUGCUUCAUUUGAACAGUUUAGAGGCUAUCACAGUGCAAACUAACUUGAUGAAGAGGUUGCCUUUGAUAUCGAGGCUUCCAAAUUUGAGAUACGUGCAAGUUGAGUCUUUGUCGUUGCUUGAAAUAUCUCCGAGGAACUUUAAAGACAACCCCAGGCUCGAAAAAUUGCACAUAACCAUGAGUCCCAGGCUUACAAGGCUUGAAGCUAACGUGCUCAUAGAUUUACCCAGUUUAAAUUUGAUUAAUAUUUCCUAUUGUGGUGUAAACUGGAUGCACCCCAGAGCCUUAAGCAAUCUACCAGCCUUAAAGGAACUCGCUUUUGUUGGAAACAAAAUAAUUGACGCUGGAAUGAUUGGUAGAGGCAGUAGGGACCUUCCAGAACUGGAAGUUAUCAAACUAGAUUACAAUUACAUCGAUAAAAUAGGAGAGGCUUCCUUUGUAGACCUACCGGCCCUCAAAAAGUUACACUUAUCGAAUAACCUGAUAACCGAGUUGCACCACGGUGCUUUCCAUAGAGUACCUCAGCUUAGAAGUUUGGAUUUAAACAGAAACAACCUUAGAAGAGUUCACCCUGAAAGUUUUCUGCAGCAUUCCGGUUCCGGUUUGGAAGAACUAUGGCUGGUGGAAAACGAUAUAAGUCACGUAGCCGAACUAAGAUCUCUACUGGAUGCGUUGCCCAGACUACAAUUCCUCGAUAUGAGCUACAAUAAUCUUGAAGCUAUACCUUUCGGGGCUCUUAGAGGACACCCAACAUUAGAGUACCUACAUUUGGACUACAACAAAAUACAUCUGAUAGACAGGGAAGCGUUUAUGGCCAUGCCAGCGUUAAGGGAGUUGAGAUUGAAAAACAACUCCCUAUCGGACAUGCUUGAAGGUCCAUUAUGGAAUUUGCCAGCCCUUAAAGGGUUGGAUUUAUCCGGUAACUUCUUCAGAAGGCUCGAGCCAGAAUUUCUAGCAAAUCUACCGGCUUUAAGGCGCAUCGACGUCAGUCUAAACGAGUUGACCUUCAUUGAUCCAGCGUUCUUCAUUUUGACACCAGAGUUGGAGCAUGUUAACAUAUCAUUCAAUGCCUUAUCCGCUUUACACCCAGCCACAUUCAGGCAUCUAUUGGGGUUGUAUGAGCUCGAUAUUAGUCACAAUAGGCUUUUAGAGUUUGUACCAGGGUUACCUAGAGGAAUAGAGUACCUUCACAUGUCUCACAAUCAGAUUACGGCCUUACCUUUACAACCCUCUCCCGACUUGGAUCUACCAUCUUUAAGACUCCUGGAUAUUUCAUCGAAUAGAAUACAUAAAUUAAUCAAAGGUGGUUUAAUAACAAUGCCGCAGUUAAGAAGGUUGUAUGUUUCGCACAAUUUAAUACAAAGCAUCAGUGAAACAGCAUUGGAAGGUUUAAAUAGGCUUGAGACGUUGGAUUUCCAUGAGAAUAGGAUAACGGAAAUUCACCCUUACGCGUUAAAGGAAAUGAUCGAAUUGAGAGAGUUAAACUUACGAAACAACAGAUUGGAUAUUCUUUUACCCGAUGUGUUUAAAAAUGCUCCAAUGUUAAAAUUAUUGGAUAUCAGCAGAAAUCAAAUCAGCGAGAUUUUACCAGGAACAUUAGAUAAAAAUAGAGAAUUACAAGUCAUAGAUGCUUCACACAACGGUUUAGUUCAGCUGUCAUCAACGUUCUUUGGUUUGAAGAAUCUGCAAAUAUUGGAUUUAACCAAAAAUCGGUUGAAACACAUUGACACUGAUAUAUUGAACAGUCUUACAUCUUUGAAAGAGCUAAAAGCUUCGAAGAAUUUCAUCCAGGAACUGAAGCAAGGCGCGUUUAAUAGCCUGCAGCAUUUAAAAACUUUGGAUUUGGAUAACAACGAGUUGGAGUUUAUAGAACCCCAUGCAAUAAGAGCUUUACCAUUACUAAAAUCACUAAAAUUAAGCAAAAAUAAGCUUAAGGAACUUCCCAACAGUGCCUUCUCGAACCUUCCUCUGCUUCAGAAAGCCGAACUUCAGGAAAAUCAGUUGAGACUGCUUGGACCAAAUACAUUCAACAUUGUUCCGCACUUGUUAAUGUUGAAUAUGAGUCACAAUCAGUUAUUGUCUGUUGAAGAUGCCGGUUUGAGGAGUUUAAGAUCCUUGGAGAUGUUGGAUCUAAGCAAAAAUAGGCUUAACAGAGUUGCUGGUGCAAACUUGGAGAAAAUGGAGUGGCUGGUGGAGUUGAGAAUGGACGAUAAUAAUAUUUGUGGUGUGCAGGGGUCUUUCAACAAUAUGCCCAGACUUAGGGUGUUGACCAUGAAGAAUAAUAAAAUGAUGACCUUCCCUGAGCAAGCAGUUGAGAGAUUGAGGGGAAAUAUUGCUGUGUUAGAUAUAGAAGGUAAUCCUUUGGUGUGUUCUUGUAACUUAAUGUGGUUGCAAAACUGGCUACAAGAAUCAUCCAGCAAUGGCCCAAGGUGCGUUGAUGGUACUCUCUUAAGGGAGAUGCGUUUAUCAAGACAAGAAUGUACUGAAAAUCAAAACAACCUUGAUAUGGUUGCUCCGGGGUGCGAAGCUGAACUGUUGUCAGCUCCUGGGCAGUAUGGGACAUCACAAGUGUUUUCUCAGUGGCAAAAACUAAAAUCGAACAAAACCAAGGAUGGUAUCAGAGGUAACCUACCCCCAAGUCCUGAAGAGUCCGAGUAUUUUUAUGAUGAAUAUGUUGACUACCAAUACAAUGAUACUGCAGUUCCACAUCCAAAUAAUGGUUUGGAUUUUAAACAACAGUUAGUGGAAACCAUAACAAUAAAACCUAUAGCACCUAGUACCACGAAGUCGCCACAUUAUACAGUUGGUGACACCCCAACAAUUUACGCAGCUCCCCAAAACAAAACAAAACCAGACAUACCCAAGGAGGUGGUGAACUCGCCCAGCACGAGCGGUUUCACAUUCUUUGGGGUACCUUUACCAAGCCUAAACCUUAAUAAUCUCCUCAAAGGCAACUUGGGAAGAAUGAGCGAUAAAAAACAACAAACCCCCUUAAAUUUAACACCACCACCGAUUAUACCUACAAUUACAGCACAAAGAAAAACGGCGAUUGUCAACAAACCAACAGGAAAUGGUAGAAGGGGAAUUGAGCCUCCACCUAAAGAGAGAUUUUCUUUGCCUGCAUCGCAAUUAAAUCCUAUUGUACCUAUGAUGCCCAAUGAGCCUGAGAUACAAACAGGCGGCUUUAAGCCUAUUUUGCCUGGCACUGGAGGUUUUAAACCCAUGGUGAGCCCAACACAAAAACCCAACGUCACCAUGGAAGUUGAAACAAGUACUUUAAAGAGUCAAGAGAGUAAAGAGGUGGUGUCCACAGUGAAACCUCCUCUGUUUGUAAGUAAUACUACAAUGUUUGUGAGGAGGGAAGAUCUACCUAAAAAUAAACCACCAGUGGUACUACCUAGUAAGGUGGAUUCUAAUAGUGUUAAAAAUAUAACUCAAGAACCACCAAAGGAUAAAGUGGAGGUUCUGAAUAAAGCCAAAAUAGAGGAAGUGUCCAAAGACGAAAUAAAAACAUUACUUCAACAACCAGUUGCAAACGAUUUUCCCAAAGACUUUGACUCGAUAGAGUCCGAAAUACUGACAACCGAAAAUUCUGCCAUAACUUUGCCGUCACCGCAAUACCCCACCACUACUUUGGCAGUGCCUACUACGAAAAAAUUUGAAGGAUCUCCUCUAUCAGCCCUGCUAGUUCCUGAUGGCCAGCAACCAUUGUUCAAGCCAUCCGGUAGGCCCAGCAUACAAAAAGUACAGUCGCCUUACUUGAAACCGACGCAGGAAAAUCCAGAGGCUGCCGAACCUCUGAAGAAUAACAGGGAGGGUAAAAAUAGACAGCCCGAUACAGAAGACGUUGCUAUCGAUGAAACCAAUUGGUAUUUUGCUAAUUACAACAAAACCAACGUUGAACCGUACGUUGGGAAGAUAGUUAACAGCCAGAACAACGCUGGUAAUUUAGUUUUUAUGGAUAAAGUGAUAUGUAUUUUAGUUUUUGCUGUUAGUAGAUUUAUUUAGGUUUGUUAUAAAGAAGGGACCAAUGAGUCAGAUAAAUGCACAAAAUUUAUGUUUAAUUUUAGUAAAAAUAUAUUUUGGAUUUUUCAUAUAGUGGUUGCUGGUAUUCAUUUAUUUAAGGUGGUUCAGUUUUUACUGUUAAAACUGUAUGUAACCAUAGCUUGACACUGUCGAAUUUCCGACACGGUAUAACCCUAAACCUAGACCAAAC